AUGAUGAACAAAUUCAUUAACACAACUGAUGAAAAAAUUAAAAGUCAUCAUUCAGCCAUCAAGAAUUUGGAAAUUCAGGUAAGUCAAUUAGCAACACUCAUAUCAAGACAAAUUCAAGGUGCUCUACCAAGUAACACUGAGAAAAAUCCAAAGAAACAUCUUAAAGCCAUCUCUUUGCACUCGGGUAAAAAUCUUAAUGAUUCAUAUGCAAGCCGACAAGAAAGUACGCGAGAAGUGGAACAGGUAAAUGAAGAUGCUUUGUCACAAAUGCCUUCAUAUGCUAAAUUUCUUAAAGAGAUUUUGUCGAGUAAAAGAAAAUUGGAAGAAGUUUCAGUGGUUAAGCUUACAAAGAAAUAUAGUGUUAUACUUCAAAAUAAGCUUCCACAAAAACUUGGUGACCCAGGAAGUUUUACAAUUCCUUGUACCUUAGGAGGCGCUCAUUUUGAAAAAGCAUUAUGCGAUUCAGGUGCUUCAAUAAAUCUAAUGCCAUUUUCAAUUUUCAAAAAGCUAGAACUUGGUAAGAUAAAUGAUACUGGAGUAUCUCUUCAAUUGGCCGACCAAAGUACUAAAAAGCCAAAAGGAAUAAUUGAAGAUGUUCUCGUAAGAGUCGAUAAAUUUGCAUUUCCUGUAGAUUUUAUAGUACUUGAAAUGGAAGAGAACACUGAGGUACCAUUGAUUCUAGGUAGACCAUUUCUUGCAACAGGAAGAGCAAUUAUUGAUGUCCAUCAAGGACAAUUAAUACUGCGAGUUGAUGAAGAACGAGUAAUUUUUGACAUGCAAAAAAUAAUAAAAUUUCCUGAGGAUGGUCCAUCAUCUUCUUGUUUUCAUAUUGACUUGGUAGAUGACCUUACAGAUGAAUACAAAGAUGAUUAA